AUGGUUCCCCUCCCCGAAAUCCAUACCCAAACCUCACAUCUCCUACACACUCAUCCCUCCCCCCUAAUCGCAGUUUUCAUCGGUGGCACCUCCGGAAUCGGUACCCAUACUGCCCUCGCUCUCGCUUCUGCCCAUGCCAAAAACAGUACCCAGCCUCUUCUGCUCUUCAUCGUUGGAAGAAAUAAAGAUGCAGCGACGAUAAUUAUGGCCGAAUGCAGGAAGCUUUGUCCUCAUGGAGAUUUUCGCUUCGUGCAAGCGAGAGAUUUGAGUUUGUUGAAGGAUGUGGAUCGCGUUUGUCGGGAAAUUAGAGGGGUGUUAGAUGAGCGACAGAAGGAGAAGAGAGAGAAAGCGUGGAUUGAUUUGUUGGUUAUGACGCAAGGGGUUCUUACGUUGUCUCGAAAUGCAACAAAAGAAGGUCUCGACUCCACCUAUUCCCUGAUGUACUACUCCCGCAUGCGCUUCAUCACCCAGCUUCUCCCCCUCCUCCUCUGCUCCCCCCUCCCCAGCCGCGUCAUCUCAAUCCUCAAUCCCAAACUCCAUAGUAAACUCAUCCCCGAAGAUCUCUCUCUGCGCAAACAUAGUAUUCUCCGCUAUGCUUCUUCGCACGUAUGUUGGAUGACGACAUUUUUCAUGGAGAAGAUCGCAGAGGCGAAUCCGGGGAGGAUUAGUCUGAUGCAUGUUUAUCCUGGAGUGGUCAUGACGGAUAUGUUGGAGAAGGGAGAUGUACCCAGGUGGUUGAAGUGGUUGUGGAGGUUUGGGGUGGGGCCGGUGAUGAGGUUUUGGGAGACGAAGGGGGAGGUGUGUGGAGAGAGGGUUUUGUGGCUUAUGAGUGAGAGGUGGAGACCGAGAGAUGCGGGUGGGGAUCUGGAGCAAAGGCAGGGGAGAGAGGAUGGUUUGCGGGGUGUUGAGUUGGUGAAGGCGGUAGAUGGGACACCGGGUGGAGGUAUGUAUAAUGUUGGAUCUGUGGGAGAAAGAUAUCCAACACCGAAGAUGUAUAAGAAGUACAAGGGAGAUGGGGUUGCUGAGGUGGUAUGGAAACAUACUAUGGAUGCGUUUAAAGUUAUUGAAGAAGGUGGUGUUUUUCAAGGUUGA